AAUCCCUAAACACAGCUCCCUGUCUAUAAAUACUCGCCAGGAGAUGAUGCUAGAGAGAAGGAAGAAGAGAGAGAAACUUGCAGAGGAAAUAGAGAAGAAGAAGAAGAGGAACUAGAGGAAGGAGAGAGAGAGAGAGAGAGAGAGAGAGAGAGAAAGCACAGGGGGAGAGAAGAUUUCUGGAAGAGGGAAGAGAGGGACUGGGGAACGGCGGCCCUCUCGUUGUCCGUAUUCGAAAUUCUCCGAUCUGCUUGCUCAGGUUGAGCGGGAGGAAUUAUGUCGUCGCUAAGCAGGGAGCUUGUGUUCCUCAUACUUCAAUUUCUGGAUGAAGAGAAAUUCAAGGAGACUGUGCACAAGUUGGAGCAGGAGUCAGGGUUUUACUUCAACAUGCGCUAUUUCGAGGAAAUGGUGACGAAUGGAGAGUGGGAGGAGGUGGAGAAAUAUUUAUCAGGGUUCACCAAGGUUGACGAUAACAGAUAUUCCAUGAAGAUUUUCUUUGAGAUCCGAAAGCAGAAGUAUCUCGAGGCUUUGGACAAGCGUGAUCGUGCCAAAGCUGUGGAGAUUUUGGUCAAGGACUUAAAAGUGUUUGCAGCAUUUAAUGAGGAGCUGUUUAAGGAAAUUACACAGCUGUUGACAUUGGAAAACUUUAGAGAAAAUGAACAGCUGUCCAAGUAUGGAGAUACAAAAUCUGCUAGAAACAUAAUGCUUGGUGAACUGAAGAAGUUAAUAGAGGCUAAUCCUUUGUUCCGAGACAAGCUUCAGUUUCCGACCUUGAAAAAUUCAAGAUUGCGGACUCUAAUUAAUCAAAGUUUAAAUUGGCAACAUCAGCUGUGUAAGAAUCCAAGGCCUAAUCCUGAUAUAAAGACCUUAUUCGUGGACCACAGCUGUGGUGGGCAGCCAAAUGGCGCUCGAGCCCCAUCCCCUGUAACCAAUCCCUUGAUGGGUGCUGUGCCAAAGCCAGGAGGCUUUCCUCCGCUAAAUGCUCAUGGUCCAUUCCAGCCUGCACCUCCUACUUUGCAAACAUCUCUUGCUGGUUGGAUGUCAAACCCAUCUCCUGUCCCUCAUCCAUCAGCUUCUGCUGGACCGAUUGGCUUGGCUGCACCUAAUAAUGCAGCGGCUAUAUUGAAGCGGCCAAGGACUCCUCCAACCAACAACCCGGCCAUGGAUUAUCAAACAGCUGACUCUGAACAUGUUUUGAAAAGAACUAGACCAUUUGGAAUAUCUGAAGAGGUUAAUAAUCUGCCUGUAAAUAUUCUCCCUGUUGCAUAUGCUGGCCACAGCCAUGGGCAGAGUUCCUACUCAUCUGAUGAUCUACCUAAGAACUUUGUUAUGGCUUUGAAUCAAGGCUCGGCAGUGAAGAGUAUGGACUUCCAUCCAUUGCAGCAGAUUUUACUUCUGGUUGGCACCAACAUGGGUGAUGUCAUGGUAUGGGAGCUGGGUAGUCGUGAAAGGAUUGCUUUAAAGAAUUUCAAGGUUUGGGACCUUGGAGCAUGUUCGAUGGGGUUACAGGCAUCUCUUGCUAAUGAUUAUACAGCAUCAGUGAACCGUGUCAUGUGGAGUCCAGAUGGAAGUCUAUUCGGUAUUGCUUACUCUAAGCACAUAGUUCACAUCUAUUCAUACCAUGGUGGGGAUGAUAUAAAGAACCACCUUGAGAUUGAGGCCCACGUUGGAAGUGUAAAUGACCUUGCUUUCUCCUAUCCCAACAAGCAACUGUGUGUAGUCACUUGCGGAGAAGACAGAGUGAUUAAGGUGUGGGAUGCAGCUACUGGCAAUAAGCAGUUCACUUUUGAGGGUCAUGAAGCACCUGUUUACUCUGUGUGCCCACAUCACAAAGAAAAUAUCCAGUUUAUAUUCUCAACUGCAACUGAUGGAAAGAUUAAAGCAUGGUUGUAUGAUACCAUGGGUUCGAGAGUUGAUUAUGAUGCUCCAGGACAUUCAUCAACCACAAUGGCAUAUAGCGCUGAUGGAACAAGAUUGUUCUCUUGUGGGACAAACAAGGAGGGAGAAUCUCAUUUGGUUGAGUGGAAUGAAAGUGAAGGUGCGGUAAAGCGUAGGUAUAAUGGUCUUGGAAAGCGGUCAGUUGGAGUUGUGCAAUUUGAUACUACUAAGAAUCGGUUCUUGGCUGCUGGUGAUGAAUUCAUGGUCAAAUUCUGGGACAUGGACAAUGUCAGUUUAUUGACAAGUAUAGAUGCGGAUGGUGGACUGCCGGCUUCUCCUUGUAUAAGAUUCAAUAAAGAAGGAAUUCUCAUGGCUGUCUCGACUAGUGACAAUAGCAUUAAAGUCCUAGCAAAUUCUGAUGGAAUUAGGCUGCUAAAGACCGUGGAAAAUCGCACAUUUGAUGCUUCCAGAGCCGCUUCUGCAGCUGUUGUCAAGGCCCCUUCAAUACCAAAUUUUGCUGCUGCCAAUCCGAAUCCGGGCACUAGCAUUGGAAAUCCAGCUGCUCCUUUGCCACCCAUGGUUGGAUUGCAGAUUAAUGAUAGCCGAGCUUUGGCUGAUGUUAAACCUAGGAUUACUGAAGAACCCAUGGAGAAGUCCAGGAUCUGGAAAGCAGCAGAAAUUAAUGAGCAAUCGCAGUGUCGUUCUCUGAGGCUUCCUGAUAAUUUAACUGCAAUGAGGGUGGCCAGGUUAAUGUAUACAAAUUCUGGAAUGGCCAUAUUAGCAUUAGCAUCUAAUGCUGUUCAUAAGCUCUGGAAAUGGCAGAGAAAUGAUAGAAACGUUACUGGGAAGGCCACUGCUAGCCUCGCUCCACAAUUGUGGCAACCAUCUAGUGGAAUAUUGAUGACGAAUGAUAUAAGUGAUACAAACCCUGAAGAGGCUGUCCCAUGCUUUGCUCUUUCUAAGAAUGAUUCUUAUGUUAUGUCAGCUUCAGGAGGAAAGAUCUCUCUUUUCAAUAUGAUGACAUUCAAGACAAUGACAACAUUCAUGCCCCCACCACCGGCUGCAACUUUCCUGGCAUUCCAUCCUCAAGACAAUAACAUAAUCGCUAUUGGGAUGGAGGAUUCUUCAAUCCAGAUCUACAAUGUCAGGGUUGAUGAGGUUAAAACUAAGUUGAAAGGUCAUCAGAAAAGAAUUACGGGUCUCGCUUUCUCCAACACCCUGAAUGUGCUCAUAUCUUCUGGAGCAGACUCUCAGUUAUGUGUGUGGAACACGGAUGGAUGGGACAGGCAGGUUAGUAAAUUCCUGCAAAUCCCUCCCGGGCGCCCCACCUCCGCUGUUUCGGAUACCCGGGUACAGUUUCAUGUAGACCAGACACAUCUGCUCGCCGUUCACGAAUCACAGAUAGCACUUUACGAAGCACCAAAACUUGAUUGUUUGAAGCAGUGGUUCCCUCGUGACGCAAAUCCCAUCACACAUGCAACAUACUCAUGCGAUAGCCAGUCCAUAUACGUCAGCUUCGAAGAUGGAAGUGUGGGUGUUCUUACGGCUCCAGCACUCAGACUUAGGUGCAGGAUUAGUUCCGCAGCGUAUCUACCUCCAAAUCCAAGCUUGAGGGUCUAUCCUUUGGUGAUCGCUGCACAUCCAUCGGAAGCCAACCAGUUUGCUUUGGGACUAACAGACGGUGCGGUCCAUGUGCUAGAACCCCUGGAAUCAGAAGGGAAAUGGGGCACCGCGCCACCGGCUGAGAACGGUGCCGGAGGAGCACCGAGCACUUCCGGUGCCGCCGGUUCAGAACAACAAGCUCAAAGAUGACACCUUUAGAUGAUGCAACGCCACUCGUUCUGGCCUCACAGUUUGAUUUUUCAAGGGAAAGCUGUGGAAAAUGUUUAGGGUACUUAUCUAUAGGGUUUCCUUAGUGUAAUUUGUGGCUCAACUCAACUCUCAACCCCAACCUGGAAGAAGAGUUUUGAAAGCUCCUCUCAUCACAUAAGAGAAGACUAAUGUGGUCUUGAUGCAUUUGGGGCUAUCCUCUUUUUAUUUAUUUAAUUUUUUUUUUGACAUAAAUAUACAUAUGAUUGAAGAAACCUCUAGACAGAUUUGUGGUGUAAAUUAGAUAGUCAAAGAAUGCAUCAAGACAAGAACCAGGGUUUGAGGUCUUCAUGAUAAUAGAUUUCUUUUAUUUUGACUUUGUUCCUGUUAAGGCAUAAUCUGGGCUGUUUGUCUAUUUCAUCUCUUCAUGCUUACUCACAUUGUGUCAUUAGUUGUAAGCACAGUGAAAUUUUGUUGUUCCUGAGCUACUAUUUGGAGUUGUAAU